GAAUUGUUCGUUCCUUAGGUGCUUCUAAAGAUAAAUAUGUUGAAGAUUUGUAUAACAAUGUUGCAGCACUUGAAGAAUUUUCAAGAUGCAUGGAUCCACAGUUCAAAAAUAUCGAAAACUGGGAACACUUUGCGUUUGCUCUUGGUGUUCCUCCAGUCACUAUCCGUACAUGCAAACUGUACUCGGAAUGUAGUCCAACAAUAAGACUCUUUAAAUACCUGGAGGUAAUAAAGCCUGAUAUGACUGUUGGUGAUCUUCGUGCUGCCUUAACAAGAAAUCUUGAAAGAGCUAGAUUUGAUUUAGACAGAAUGCUUGAAGAUAAAUUGGCAAAUGAAUGUAAAGUAUCUGAAGCUAUUACCAAUUCUACUUCUGAAAUCUUGGAUAAGAUUGCAUUAAAGCUUGAUUCAGCUUCACCACCAACAUGUACGUGGAUAGAUUUUGGUCUUGAGCUGGGGAUAACCCGUGACACACUUAAGGAAUUUGAGAUGUACACUAACUACAAUCCAACAGAAGCACUAUUCAGAUGUCUAUAUACAGCAAGUGCAAAACCUCUUAAAGCAAGUCUGAUUGUUGGUUACUUUGAGGAGAUGGAUAGGCAGGAUAUCCUUGAAGUGAUCAAACAAACAAUACUUUCAUCAGAUAUUGACUCCAAGGAUGCUCAAGACAUUUUCAAACUUGGUUCAGAACUUCUUGUCACAAUUUCCAGGAAGUUAAAUGAAGAUUGUCCAGGUGUGGGAGGCUGGAGGGUACUUGCAAGUCAUCUGAUAGCUGACCAGUACAUUGAUGACCCAGACAUCAUAUCAAAGCUGGAGCCACCACAUCAACAUGAAAUUCACAGUCCAACAAAGAAAAUCAUAGAAUGGCUUAUAGCCAAUAAACCAGAUUUCACUAUUGAUGAAUUAAUUGCAAAAUGUGAAGAAGUUGGCCGUAAUGAUGCUGUAAAAAUUCUGAUUGGACACUAUUCCAGAGCAGUUGAUUUUGGUGAUGAUACAACAUCCCGACAAAUUAUUGUGCAAGAAACAACAAAAGAGAAACUUUGGAUUAUCUAAACCAAUUACAAAAAUGAUUGGGCGUGAAGAAAAG